AUGGAUCCAAAAUGUUCUACAGGAGCACUAGAUCUAAAUGAACCAGCAAUUGAAGUUGACAGGGUAAUCGAAGAUGUCAGUUUGUUCAAUGAUUUGCAAAUAGAAGUAACGAGCAGACAUACAAAGGACCUUGAGCAAUCCAGAUGUGACCAAAAGCUCGAACAUAGCAAGCAUGUGAGUGGAAGCAACACUGGUGCUUCUGCCGACACAAACCCGGAAACUGGUGAAACACUAUCAACUGAUGAUUCCGGCGGUGAUGAAGAAGAGGGUGAAGUCCAGUCAACACCAUGCAGCCAAACUGAAGUUGAAACCCCUUUCAAAGGGAAGAUCUAUGAUUCAUGGGAGGAUGCGAAGAUGCAGUACAACCGAUAUUCUAAGAAGAUUGGGUUUUCCAUCAAAUGCAGUACAUCCAAGGUUUCGAAAAUUGAUGAUCAAAGAGACAAGCAGCUAUUUGUUUGCAACAAGAGUGGGAAAAAUGAAGACAUCAAUAAGUUAGAAGCACCACCUGUUAGGCAAAGGAACAGAAGCAUCACCAAGAAAACUAACUGCAAAGCAAGAUUGAGGAUUAAAAGGAGAGGAACAAAGUGGUAUGUCACAUACUUCAUUGAAGAACACAAUCACAGUUUGAUGAAGAAGUUUUCCUUGAAAAAGUAUUUGAGAUCUCAUAAAGGUAUACCUAAGGAAGAGAAGGACUUUGUUCAGCUAUUGCAUAAGGUGAAUCUAUCUGCUGGCAGGGUAAUGAGGAUUAUGGGAGAGGUCUAUGGCGGUCUCGCAAAUGUACCCUAUGACAGUAAGGAUGUGAGCAAUUUCAUGGCUAAAAUUGAUGAAGAACACACGCACAAAGACAUGUCCCUGUUGCUAGCUCACUUUGCAAGGAUAAAAAAAGAAGACCCAGAUUUCUAUUUCAACAUACAUACAGAUCAUACGGACAAAGUGGACCGCAUAUUCUGGGUAGAUGGGCCAGCGAUUGCUGCUUACAAAAAUUACAGUGAUUGCCUCUCAUUCGACAGCACCUACAUGACCAACAUGUACAAUAUGCCUUUCGCACCAUUCGUUGGAAUCAAUAGGUAUUGUCAAACAAUCCAGCUAGGAUGUGGGUUCCUAAAGAAUGAGAACAUCGAGAGUUUUGUCUGGUUGUUUCAGGAGUUUCUUGAAGCUAUGGGUGGUCUGCAGCCAGAUAACUUCAUAACUGAUCAGAAUGCGGCAAUGAGAAGUGCAGUUCUCGUCUCAUUUCCAAAUUGCUGCCACAGAAAUUGUAGGUGGCACAUUAUGCAAAAUGCGCAGGCCGUUUUGGGCAACUUCUUGUCAAAGCAUGAGGAGUUAAGGACAGAGUUGAACGAGAUAAUUGAUUACAGCAUGUCGGUUGAAGAGUUCGAAACUAGGUGGGCACAAAUGAUUACCAAACACAAUGUAGUGGACAACACCCAUCUCUAUGAUCUAUAUCAUAUUAGAGCCACUUUUGUGCCAGCCUACUUCAGAGAAAGGUUCUUUCCGUUCCUACAGACUACUGCUCGUAGUGAGGGGUUCAACGCUGUUUUGAAAACUUACAUUGAUCCGCACAACAAUUUGCAUCAUUUCUUCCUUCAGUACAUGAAGUUGCAAGAAAAGAUUGAUGUAGCGGAGGAUGCAGUUGAAUUCAAGGAUGAAGACAAGACUCUUAGGGUGUGGGGAGAUUUUCCAGUUGAAGAGCAAGCCUUGCAGGUGUAUACACGGCCCAUUUACUUGCGCUUUCGUGCGGAACUUCGUAAAGUGACAUCAUAUAAUGUACAUCAUGUUGGUCAUGAAACAUACGAUGUUAGCCCUAUCAAGAAUUAUGUUUAUGGCUAUGGCAGUAGAAGCUACAAGGUAGAGGCUAAUUUGGAAGCUGAAAAUUACAAUCAUGAGUCGUCGCAAGUUCAACGAGGAUGGGUUGUUGUGCUGCCAUAUUUUUAG